UCACCUUCUGCUACUCUAAGUUUCCAACUAGACUCACAACAGUAGUCAAUUGCUACUUUUCCUAUGUUUAACACAAUAUCACCGUCAACUCCUGCCUCCUUGACUGUAAAUCAAUUAUCUACUGGAAUGCCUAUAAAUGUGAUCAGCGAUGUUAAUGUAAAUCCUGAAAAUAUAUCCAUGGUUAAGAGUUUUUCAAAUGAGUCUGGAAUGAAUAAUCAGUGGGCUAAAAAGUGUUUAGACGAAAACGGAUGGGAUUAUGCUAAAGCUGCUGCAUGCUUUUCAGAUCUUAAAGCUAAUAUUCCACCUGUAGCUUUCAUACAUUAAUGAGCAUAAUUUAAUAUAAAUGAGUCUUAUACAAAGCAAUGAGUGUAUUUAUUUUCAUGAUGUGACAUUUUU